GUCACUAUUUCCCCUGACGGUACUCUGUGCGCCAGCGGUGGCAAGGACGAACAGGCCAUGCUCUGGGACCUCGCUGCACGCAAGUACUUGUACACUCUGCCAAGCGGAGCUGAAAUCAACGCGCUUUGCUUCUCCCCGACGCGGUACUGGCUCUGCGCAGCCGCCGGCCCCUCAAUCAAGAUCUGGAAUCUCGAGGAUAAAGUUCUUGUCGAGGAUCUCAGGGUCGAGCCCGCUGUUACCAGCGAGUCCAAAAAGCGUCCCAAGCCCCCAGUGUGCACGUGCCUGGCUUGGUCUGCGGACGGAUCUACCCUCUUCGCUGGCUACACCGACAGCCGUAUUCACGUUUGGCAAUUCAUGCAUUGUGCUAGCUAAAUCAUUAUUAAAUAACAUGGCUUUCUGGUAUGUUUCUUACUUGCGUUGGCUCGUCUUUGGUUUAAGUAAGCACGCGUAG